AUUUUUAAAUGAUAGUGGAUAGCAUAAUAUAAACUUUUACAUAUUUUAUAGUGCUUUUACAUCUAGUGCAAGGAAAAAUGAGUACUUCUACAGAACUAAAAUUAUGGAUGGGUCCAGGUACUUUGGAAGUUCCAACAGCUCUGUUUGCCCUGAACAGAAAACGUCUCGUUGAAAAGCUGCAAGGGGUAAAAAAGGAUGCCAUCGUGCUGUUGCAAGGUGGUUCUGAGCUCCCUUUCUAUGAUACUGACGUAACGUACGUUUUCCGGCAGGAAUCAUAUUUUAUUUGGUGCUUUGGCACAACUGAAGCGGGUUGUUAUGGAGCCAUCGAUGUAUCUACAGGGGACUCCUAUUUGUUUGUCCCUCGCUUUCCAGCCGAGUACGCUGUGUGGAUGGGGCCUCUGGUGUCCUUGACUGCCUUCAAAAAUAAGUACGAUGUAACUCACGUUUAUUAUGUAGACCAGUUGGAUGAAAUUCUGCAAAAAAUCAAUAGAGGGUCUCUGCUCACGCUGAAAGGUCCAAACACUGAUAGUGGUCUUGUAGCUAAGGAAGCAACUUUUGCAGAAAUUUCAAAAUACACUGUGGAUAAUGAAGUACUGUUUCCAAUUAUUGCAGAUUUGCGAGUUUAUAAAACUCCAUUUGAAAUUGAAGUAAUGAAAUACGUUGUAGAAAUUUCUUCCGCAGCACACAUGCAUAUAAUGCGUACUGCAAAAGCUGAUAUGUACGAGUACCAGUGCGAGUCAGAAUUUUUGAACUACUGUUAUCGAAAAGGAGGAUGUAGACAUGCAUCGUACACUUGUAUUUGUGGAUCAGGCACAAAUGGAGCAAUUCUACAUUACGGUCAUGCAGGAGCUCCCAACAAUUAUCCAGUGAAAGAUGGGACACUAUGCUUGUUUGAUAUGGGAGCCAACUACUUUGGUUAUGCUGCUGAUAUAACUGUUACCUUCCCGGUUUCUGGGAAAUUUACUCCUGACCAGAAAUUAAUAUACGAGGCAGUUUUAGCGUCCAAUUUAGCAGUUUUUAAAGCUGGGAAGCCAGGAGUUUCUUGGAGUGAUAUGCACGUACUUGCUAAUCGUGUAUUAUUGGAAGAACUAAAGAAAGGAGGUAUUUUAAAAGGAUCCGUAGAUGAAAUGUUGGACGCAGACAUAGCUGCCAUUUUCCAACCUCAUGGUUUAGGCCACUUAUUGGGACUGGAUGUUCAUGAUGUUGGAGGUUACCUUAAGGGGCAUCCUGAACGUUCCAGCAGGCCAGGGCUUAAGAGUUUACGCACUGCUAGGCUAUUGGAGGAGAAUAUGUGCUUUACUAUUGAACCCGGCUGCUACUUCAUUGAUCCGCUGUUGGAUCAAGCUUUGGCAAAUCCAAAGCAGUCGAAAUUUUUGGUUCCGGAGGUUUUGCAAAGGUUUAGAGGAUUUGGAGGUGUUCGUAUUGAAGAUGACGUUUUAGUUACGAAAGAUGGAAUUGUUAAUUUAACAAAAGUCCCAAGAACGGUACAAGAAAUUGAAGACUGGAUUUCUGGUAAAAAUGAUAUUCUGGAGAAGUUAAAUAUUAAAGUAUGAUUUGUUGCCUAUUGUACUUAUCUUCAUAAAAUUUGUUUAUUCUAUUUUUGCAUACAGAACAAAUAUUAUUGUACCAAUAAAUAUAUUCCAAGUUUAUUGUAUGAUUACCAAGAUUAUUAAAUAAAAAAAUGAAUAUGUUUAAA